UCAUUGUUUUGCGUGGGGAGAUAAAUGCGUGCUGGCUGUCUGUAUUUUCAGCGUGCAGUCUGCCAUAUGUCUGUACUCAUUCCUCAGUUUUAUCGUUAAAGUACGUCUUUUAUCCGUAGCGUCUUAAGUGGAUAAGAGAGGUAUAUUUAAUAAUAAAUGUGAGGUACGAAUAUGGAUAUUAGUCUUCGGUCGAGUCGAGUUAGAGCUGCAUUUGUCGCGAGGUAUGAGCACUUCGUGUAUCUUUCCAGUGAAUAUCAAUAAUACUACAUCGAUAUACUUGCCGACUUGUCAUUACUCCCGUCUCUUUUUACGGUCCACGACCGACACACUGAUCGCCGCACCCGGGAAUCUAAAUAGGCCUUGACCGAACUGAUUUUGAGCGCACACCAGGAGACUGUAACAGACUUGCCGAGAGUUCUCGGGUACACGAUAUUCCUCUAGGAUAUAAACGAGGGGACACUGCUUACGUAUUUCUUAAGGACUCUGAUGAUCAUUCCGUCACCCCAACCACUGUACCUGCGAUGACUGUGAUAUCGCGUUUCCGUUUCUUACAAAACGGGAAACGCUCUUUUCCAGUGACCCUGCCAAAGAGAAUGCUUAGACCUCCAUAAGUACAUCCCUGUACAUACAUAGAGUAACGACUGUUCCGUUUUUCUACCGGUUUUUGUUCUGUAUUCGGAGCAGCAGCUGGCAACACUUAGAAGAUGGAACGUAGAAGAGAAUAUAAUAUGAAGAAACGAAAGCCUAUACGAGUGUUACAUGAAAUAUGAAAAAUAAAUACAUGUCUCGGGAGAGGGGACAUCAGAAGCCGAGGAAGGCUCGGCCCGUUCUGCCGGUCGAAUCGCAUUUACUGGCCGAAGAGGGGCGCCGAUUCGCAAGGAUAUUAUCGCCAGAAAAAGUGGGAGCACCGACUCACGUGGCGAGCUGCGUGAUGGCGGAAUUCUCUGUAUACUGCGUCGAGUACCACAGAGGGGAACAGGCGUCCAAUGCGCCGAUACUGCCAAUUCUCGAUAUACUCGACACGGGUGCACAACUAAUCGGCGAUAUCUGCGGCCGAGCUGGAAUAGCAUUUAAGGAUUUCCCAAGUACUUUAAUUUUCUCGCUUUUUAACUCGACCAUAUGCUCGAGACGCUCCUCGAGAAGCGUCCUCCUCGUCGACUCGUCUUCCUCGAAGACUGAGCGAACCGUCUGGGAUUUUUCGGUGGAUUCGCGAAGGUGUAGGCUUAUCGGUGCAGCCAGUGAUAACCGUGAUAGUGCACUCGACAUGACCGAGGCACUUGCUCACCUGAGGUCCUCCCCCGACGUCGUAGCGAGGAAAAUCGAGGAAUUCGAUGGUAACGCCAAAGUAUCCGACUCGGCCUACUCUAACAGCAGCAACAGCCAAUCGCAGAGCAGCGAAAGUUCGGUGUCGAGGCACAACAACCAAUCUGAAAGCAGCGGCUACUGCGAUGGGCUUCCCUCUUUAUUUGAAUCCCGGGAGGCUUUGCAGUCUGGCAGCAAAAGGAAGGACAAGGAGCACAAAAAGAAGAAGUCGAAGACGACUUCGGCCGAGAAUGUCGAAUCGGAAUUGAUCCUCACAAAUACAGGGCAACAGUCGGAUGCUGCGGUGCAAUUGCCAUCCUAUGCAGACACAAAUGCACCGUCGAAUACUGUGCAACAUUAUGCAGCAGUUGUAGAGUUGGUCGACGCCGAGGAUCCUGGAGAACGAAAAGGGGAGACAUGGUCCGGUCCUGGCGCAGGACUCGGUCCGCGAACCAAUGCUCAAGACGAGUCCAGCUUUCAAGAUGAGAGGUUUUGCACGGUCGUAUCGAUGCAGGACGGUCUCGUCCUGUGCACGACCUCCUCCCUAGGCAGAGCUUUAGGAUUCGCGAGAGACUCCUGGACAGGACGACCCUUCGCCGACUUUGCCCAACCCAGGGACAAGGACUCUCUUCGGCAUCAAAUCACCCGCGAGGAUAAGGGGUCCAAGGCGCCAGAAGAGACAUCGAUUUCCUCGAAAUUGACGAGACGCCAUUCCGCGACCUGGCGCAUCUCUUACGUUGACCCCGACGUGGCCCGGUACCUGGGGCACCUCCCCCAGGACAUGGUUGGACGAUCUCUUUUCGACUUCUACCACCCCGAGGACGUACCGAUCAUCAAAGAAAUCCACGAGACUGUGACCAAAAUGGAGGGCUCUUCCUUCAGGUCGAAACCAUACCGAUUCGCAGGACGGAACGGUGACUACGUGACACUCGAGACACAUUGGUCGUCCUUUAUCAAUCCUUGGACAAAAAAAAUAGAGUUUGUCGUAGGUCAACACAGGGUCCUCGAGGGUCCUGAGAUGAAUGAUCAGCUUUCGAAAGAGCCAAACCGCGACGAGCCCUUUACUCUCAGAGAAAAACUUGCCGAGAGGAACGAAGCUAUCGAGGAGGAGAUUCGAACCCUUUUGAGAGAGAACUUCUCAAAAGUGUCCGAGGUGGGUGAACAACUCGACACCUCGACGAGAUACAACGUUUUGGCCUCUUUCAUGGAAUCGCUGUUGCACGAAGUAGAGUCCUCGAAGGUGGUCAAGGAUCCUACAGGAGACGAUAGGAGCUUUUCGGGAUCACGCAAUCCCUUGUUGCAGGAACACGACAGCGUCAUUAUCGGGGAGAUGUCUCCUCACCACGAGUACCAGGACAGCAAAAGCUCUACAGAAACACUGCCAAGCUAUAACCAGCUCAAUUUCAAUGAGAACAUCGAGAGGUUCUUCAACAGUGAGCCACCGUUCAUUGCAACUUAUGGCAGCGAUGAAGAAAACACCACUUUUGUCAGUGUCCCCAGUAGUGACGAGGGUAGACAAGUUCAAUCGAUUUGUGCAGGACGAAAGUGUAUAUCUCCUACAAAUGGAAGUGGCAUCAGUGGCAGUGGAAGCACGGAAUGUUUAAGCAGUGGUUCCAAUAAUCUGACAAGUUCAGCCAGCAGAGAGGAAACUUUGAUUGUUAAAAUCAACAACAUGGGGCCUGAACAUUUUAAACAUCCUAUGUUGACCAAGUCGUUGCUCAACAAGCAUAACGAGGACAUGGAGAAGCUGAUGGUGCAGAAACAUAAGGAGUUAAGGUCCAGGAUUAAAUAUAGCAACAGGUUGAAAGAUUCUCUGAAAAAGGUCACCGCUGAUAAAUCCUUUCGUCAGCCCCAUGGAACCAAGAGAAGGUUAAAUCAUUGCUGCGAAAUUGGAAAUUUGAAGAUGGCCAGACACGAGGAUACUCUAGGGAUUAAUAAUGCCGGAAUUACAUCAAUAAACACUACAAUUGCGAACAAUACUCUGUCUCUUGGUCAAUCGAAUGUAAAUGUUACGAUGCGUGCUCCGAUCGCUGCCAUGGUAUCGUUAACACCUGCUCAACCUUGUAUCACCACUAAUGGAGGAUGCUUCCAAGCGUUACCGAGGCUUCCAGUAUUCCCUUCGAUGAUACCAGUUUAUUAUGUUCCUGUAUCUGAAACUAAGGACUCCAUGACGGGUUCAGUUCCCAAAAAUUCGUCAACCUGUCCAUCGGCUCAAGCACUGCUUCAAAACCCAUACAUGUUGGUUCCAGUUCAAUGCGUGACCAAUAGAAUGGGCGAUAUGUUCUAUCCAUCUAUAAUCGGUGCUCCUGCUCCAACCUACAGGCCUUUUUCAAUGUCCGAGCACGCGUCAGCAACGUGUAAUCGUUCAGAGUCCGUUGCUGAUAAUUCUAUGGAGAUGAAGGAACCAACUAUUCAAGCGACACGUGUCAAAGGCGAGCGUGGAAGUACUGCCGUUGCAUCAGAAUUCUCAAAGAAGGUACAGUCAUCUGGUGAAAUGUUUUCGCCAUGUGUCAGUGUCGACGGAGGUUGCUCCAGUCUCGUUGAAUCUGCUAUGCCUGUGAAUAUAAAGCCACCUCGCCACAAUAAUUAUAACGGAGACGGAUCCAGUUCUUCCAGUAUUUACAGUAGUUUUCUAUAUAAGAGUAGCGGGAGCAGCUGCAAUCCUGAUCAAAAAACGCAGGAGAAGGAAAAAAGACAUCCGUGUCAAGGAAUGUUGCGAAAAGAGCCGUCUUGGUUAGAAGGUGUCGACUUGACACCGCAGCUAAUUUACGAGUACCAGAUGCCCUUGAAAGCAAUAGAUGAAGUUCUGCAAAAGGAUAAGAAUGCCCUGAAGAACAUGAAUCAACCUCUUCUGGUGAACGACCAACUCAGUCAACUUUAUACGGACCUGGAACUUGAUGGUUUCGGGACAAAACUCAUGUUGGAGGAUGGAAAUACAUCAAGUAGUAGCGACAGCGACAGCAGCGUCGAAAAUGUAACCCUGAUGAACAGACGAACAGAGUUUGGUCAUUACAGCACACAAGAAGACAGAUGUUCAUGUACGGAACAUGCGAUGAUUUAUGAGAAGAAAGUACGAAUGCCAUCGGUUCAAGAAAUUACUUCGUAGUCCCUUGGGGCUCGUAGAGUGGCCUGAGACAAGAACAUUUUUUCCAAGCAUUUUGUCGUAAAGACAUUUCUUGAUUUCUAGGUAUAACAAUGAAUAUGCAUGGAAUUGUACUAAUUAAGUUGUGAAACUUUUCGUUUUCGAAAGUUUAAAGGGGUGAAUUUUACGAUAAGGAAAACGCACUUACGAUGCCACUUUAAGAAAAGAGAUAUGAGUGCUUAAGAGACAUGUCAAUGUCUUCUGAGUUGCUCGACGUGAAAUGACUUGAAAACGAGUUUGUGGGUUUUUCUCAAACUCGUUUACCAUAUUUCUUAAUUACAUUCUAGUUUUUCAUUUACCUGAUUCUUUCGAUCACUUGACCAAUCUUCCGAUGAACGUAAGGACCACGUAUCUCUACAUCCACAAAAACAGCAUUACGCAAAUAUUAAGAAAUAUUUUUCUAAAAUUGCUACCGUACUUAGAAAAAGUUAUUUGAAAUUAGGUUAGGAAUCGGAAUGGUCACAAUAUGAGAACACUAAAGUGAAAAAUACUGUAAAGUUAAUGGACACAAAAAGAAAUCCAAAUGUCUUGCACAGUCUCAGGGCUGAUUCUAGUCUAUAACAUAUUUUUAUCAUAAGGAAGAUAUUUCCAAGUACAAUAAGAAUAGUUAUCGCUUGUUGAAAUUACCUACUUUCUUCAAUUUUUGUUUGGAACCACUAAGCUUUGUUCUCACAAAAAAACACAAUAAUAGUUGGAGAUAAACUCAGAGUCUGACAAUUAACUGGAUACUCUGAAUUCCCAUAUUAAGAUGAGAAAUUGUCGUUUUAGCACAAGAUCCAUAUUUUUGAGAAACUGACUUUAUUACCAGAAUGCUCUUUAUGACGAAUUUUCUCUAAAAUAUACAUUGUUGCUAUAUGUAAGUUGAAUAAAUAAUUCUUGAAGUAAUUUAUAGUUACAUACACGUAUACUUAGAUCAUUAGAUAUAAUAAUUCUUUAACACUUUCAAUACUUCUAGCCUCUUGGCUGUAUUUUAUUUGGGAUUUACAUCUCCAUAGUAUUGAAAAGGUUAUCGAAGUAAACUUUUGCAAUUGUAUCGUUUGUACGAGGGAGGAACAUCUUUUCCUGAGGCAUGAACGUUACAUUAUACAAAACAAUACCAACCUCGGGAAUGAUACCAUUGCUGCAUUUUUAGCUAUUAACUUUGAACCGAUAACCAUGUACAUGUUAUGUGACCAUGUUCAUUUCUUCUUCUCUUUUUUAAGAUAUUCAUGUUUUAUACUUUACACUCUAUAAGUAUGUCUAAACUUUCAUUUCUCCAGAUAUACAGGAACAAAUACAGUACAUCUUUUAGACAUCUUUCAACGCAUCUCUUUCUUAGUGUCCAUACUAUAACUGUGUAUGUCAGUUACACUACAUCAUGUUUUGUUGUAUGAGACGAUAAACAUUGUUAUCAGUGCGGUGUUAACUUGUCCUCGUGACAGUGCACAAGUAUUACCAUUGUUUAUACAUGUUUAGAGUAACAUCGGAGUUUAUCUACUCUCAUACAGGAAAAUGUAAUACUUGAUAUAUGUAAUGAGUGGCAGAAUAAUUGAAAAGAAAAAUAAUUACUGUUUAUUUAAUGUUGUCCUGCGAUUAAUUGCAAUGUUCGGAUCGUGUCACUCGUAUCAAAGUACUUGGACUCUAGUAAUAAACGGGUAUCCUGUAGUCGGCAUAGGAAUGUCAUAGUGUCUAAUUUCAAUGUACAUAUACAAGUUGUUGAUAAGUAAUUUACGCAUUAACCGAGCAUCGUUUUCCAUAUCUUAGUCUUGUAAUAGGUUUGACGUCGUUAUACAUGCUUGUCAGUGUUCGAGAUUCCUUCUAAUAAUGGGAUUUUUAAUUCUAAGCACUCGGCAAGAGGAUGUACCGAACUUGCGCAAUCACCGUGUUACCGAUCUGUCACUGCAAUAUUUUCAUUUGACAUGCCUUGCUACGUUUACAUCCGAAAUCACUAUGUAUAGGAAAUAAAGAUUUUUUUCCUAUUAA